AACGAACACAUUUCAACUAGUUUCUAGCCGGAUUUGUUUUGAAGCCGUAUUACCGACGAGCACAUGAACACGCGAUCGAGUGACCAAAUGUAUCCUGUUUAUUAAUCGCGAAUAAAACAUGUUUUUACUUUGCAGCCGAGUGUAUGUUCAGUGUUCAAGAUAUCUUGUUGCUUUAUGUUUGAAAGAAGCUCAACGGUGUCAGAGUACAGAAGCACCUCUUGCUAAGACCAGCUUCUUGACUGGUGCUCCUCACAGAAAGCACCCAGGUGUGACAAACCUUAAUAUUGUGCGCCUGCCAGAGCAGCUUCAGGGCACAGCACUAUCCAUCAUACAAAGGGCAGAGGUAAAAGAUCUAGCUGAAAGGGCACAUAAGCUCUCUAACUUCCUUUGGAGCAGGAAGCGGGCAUUAGAAACCUCACAACUCAGGAAAAAAGCCAUCCUUUUAGAGAGGACAUUUUUGGAGGAAGAGAGGGAUAGGCAUAAAGAUGGAAAUGAUCAUGAGCUAGAGGCUCGAAUAAGAAAGAGAGUAUUAUCUGAACUGAGAAGAACAACAUACCACAGGACUACCUUAAGGUACAAUGAAGAUCUUGGGUUGGUGUAUAUGGCUGCAAGGCUAGCGGGUGGAUAUGCUGCCAUCUUUCGAGCAUUAAAUGAGAUAAAGAAGAGAGAUCCUUUAUUUGUACCAUAUUCUCUCCUGGACUUUGGAUCAGGACUUGGAACAGGUACUUGGGCAUCACACACACUCUGGGGAGACUCUUUAAAGGAGUAUGUUUGUGUAGACAGUUCUGGAGACAUGAACACCUUGGCAGAACAACUCAUAACAGGGGGCAGUGAGAUAGAUAAUCCAGUGAUCAAACAAGUAUAUUUCCGUCAGUUCCUUCCUGUUUCACCUAAGGUGCAGUUUGAUCUUGUGAUAGCUGCUUUCUCUUUGUCGGAACUAGCCACUCUGAACGAGAGAAUUAAUGUGAUUUUCACACUGUGGAGAAAAACCAACUCCUACCUCGUAUUGGUGGAGAAUGCAACCAAGGAAGGCCAUCAAAUCCUCAUGGAGGCUAGAGAUACUAUAUUAAAGGGAGAAGAGGAGGUAACAUACGACUUGAGGAGACCAGCUGUGUUUGCCCCUUGUACUCAUGAGCUGCCUUGUCCCAAGUUGAUCAAGCAACCUAUAGUACCUUGCAACUUCUCCCAGUUCUACUAUUCCCUGCCCUUAUCCAGGAGCCAAGAAAGGCAGCAGGAGAAGUUCAGUUACCUAAUUAUAUCCAGGUCAGAGGGAGAGAAGGCUGGGAAGACCGAGGGCUUUGACAUGGCUAGACUGACUGCACAUGUACAUCGCCGGCCCAGACAUGUUCAGUGUCAGCUCUGUUGCACCAAUGGAGAACUCAAACAACUUGCUGUAACAGCCCGUCACCAUGGACGGGACAUGUACAGAUGUGCUCGUAGCAGCAACUGGGGAGAUCUGUUGCCAAUAAAUCAUGCAGAGGAAACCACUGAAAAUGAUGAGAAACUAUGAAAUCUAGAACAAUCAUCUAUUAAUGCAAUAUUUUGUUAAUGUUUUUGUGCACAGUCAGACAUUUGUCAUGUUUAUUUCCAAAUAAAGAAAAUGUAUCUAUGCAACAUGAUUUUGUACUGAUAUUUUGCUGUAGCUCUUGACCAGUCCUCAAAAGAGUUUAUUACAAAGACUAGGGAAUGUAGUUUCUUUCUUGAUGUGCACCAAUAUCCAAAUGUGUUUAAAGUUGAUACUGUUCCACAUGUGACAUAAAAUCAUUAUUUGCAAUCUGAAAUAUUUUACUCAUUAAAAAAAGUUGUACUCCUUUAGAAAUGAACUGUAAUUUUGAAACAAAUUUAUAAAAUCAUGAGCACUCACAUGAGAUGAAGACUCCAGUCAUA